AUUAAACUUCAAGCCCCACAAUGCAUUGCUUUGGCUGUCAUCGGUAUGACGUCACACUCAGGAACAUUCCGGAAGGCAUUAUUGUGUGUUGCGUCAGUGAGCUCGCAACUUUGAGGUGAAACUGGUCAACAAAUCGAAACGAAACAGUAAGAUUAAUUCACACCGUGAUGUUGGUUUCACGUCUGUCAUGUCUGAGGUCUGUGCCUUUGGUGGGAUUGAGGUCUGGCCUCCGUAAGGGUCCCAGCUGUCUGAUGAGACCUCAGCAGGGUUAUUCCACCAAAGCUCGACUGGGGUUCCGCCGCAGCAAGACGUCUAAAGAUCAGAUUCAGGAUGCGGCGUUUGAACCGGCGACACGCACUGCCAUCAGAAUUGACAACAUGGGCAGGGUUAUUCUGGCAGGAGGUGCUGCCGUCGGAUUGGGAGCUUUGUGUUAUUACGGCCUCGGAAUGUCCAAUGAGAUGGGAGCCAUCGAGAAAGCAGUGAUCUGGCCGCAGUAUGUUAAGGACAGGAUCCACUCCACAUACAUGUAUUUUGCAGGGAGUGUGUGUAUGACAGGUCUCUCUGCUGUAGCCGUCAGCCGAUCUCCAGCGCUCAUGGGGCUGAUGAUGAAAGGCUCCUGGCUGGCCAUAGGUGCAACAUUUGCAGCUAUGAUUGGUGCAGGAAUGUUGGUGAGGUCGAUCUCAUAUGAACACAGUUCUGUACCAAAGCACAUGGCCUGGGCGCUGCAUGCAGGUGUGAUGGGAGCAGUUAUUGCUCCAUUAACUCUGUUGGGUGGCCCACUAAUGAUUCGAGCAGCCUGGUACACGGCAGGUAUUGUGGCCGGUUUGUCGACCGUGGCCAUGUGUGCGCCCAGUGAGAAGUUCCUGAGCAUGGGCGGCCCGCUCGCUGUGGGUUUCGGAGUGGUGUUUGCCUCUUCUCUAGGUUCCAUGUUCCUGCCACCCACCUCAGUGUUCGGAGCGGGUCUGUACUCGGUGGCUGUUUAUGGAGGUUUGGUGCUGUUCAGUAUGUUCCUGCUGUAUGACACACAAAAAGUCGUUAAGCGAGCAGAGACGCACCCUCUUUAUGGUGUUCAGAAAUAUGACCCCAUUAAUGCAUGCAUGGGCAUUUACAUGGACACACUCAAUAUCUUCAUACGGCUGGUGAUGAUUCUAGCCAACGGUGGAGGAAACAGGAGAAAGUAGACAUGACGAGACAUGAAGAGACUGAGAGCUGUUCUGGUGGGAACCACUGAGAUGCGUAACAAUGUGAUGAGUUGUUUCAAUCCAGAAAGAAGCUUCUGAUUACUUUAGCUGAACUGCAUCUCAAAUACAUGAUAAUAAAAAUACAACGACAACAAGUUCAUGCAUCACAUGUAAUGAGAGGGAAUGCACAUUAUCCUUAUUCUAUUCUGUUAAGAAUAUUUUUUGUCUAUUUAUUGUACUGAUUAGCAUUGAGCUCACAAUUUUUAUAUGUGUGAAGCUACUGGAGUCUGUUUAGAGGAUCUGUGUGUUAUUAUAUGUUCAAUAAACUUCAGUUGCAUCUAAUUAAA